GGCCGCAGCGGCUCACCCCGACCUCACUUUCUCGGAACCUGAGUGAGCUGCUGCUGCCGGCCACCGGCGGCGCUCGGCGGAGAGGGCUGGGGGCGGGAGAUGAGGGUGAUUUCCUCCCUCCUGGGCCCUCUACGAGCAUCUACUCCCUUCUUCUGGAAGCCCCGGGGCUGCAGACAUAGCAGAAAGCUGGUUGGAGGUGGAGGUUGAGAGAAAAUGAGUUCUUUUUCUCAUUUACCUGCUGAGAACUCAACCCCUGCAGUCAACAUGACUGAGAUUUUGUCUACGCCAGUAAUGCAUGGAUUUAAUUCUACUAAUGACUCACCUUCCAUGGCAAUCACAAGGCUUUUCCCAGCUUUACUAGAGUGCUUUGGCAUAGUCCUUUGCGGUUACAUAGCAGGAAGGGCCAAUGUCAUAACAUCCACACAGUCCAAAGGACUGGGAAAUUUUGUCUCCAGAUUUGCACUUCCAGCUUUAUUAUUCAAAAACAUGGUUAUACUUAAUUUCUCCAAUGUGGAUUGGGCUUUCCUAUAUAGUAUCUUAAUUGGCAAAGCUUCUGUAUUUUUCAUUGUCUGUAUAUUAACCUUAUUGAUUGCCAGUCCCGAUAAUCGCUUUAGCAAAGCUGGACUAUUCCCUAUUUUUGCUACACAAAGUAAUGACUUUGCAUUGGGAUACCCAAUAGUUGAAGCUUUAUAUCAAACUACAUACCCAGAAUAUCUUCAGUAUAUUUAUCUGGUGGCCCCAAUAUCUCUUAUGAUGUUAAAUCCCAUUGGGUUUAUCUUCUGUGAAAUCCAGAAGUCAAAAGAUGCUCAAAGUACUUCUCAAAACAAAGUAAAAAUUGUGGGACUUGGAUUUCUCCGUGUGUUACAGAACCCAAUAGUAUUUAUGGUUUUCAUUGGUAUUGCCUUCAAUUUUAUUCUUGAUAAAAAGAUUCCUGUAUAUAUGGAAAAUUUCCUCGAUGGACUUGGAAAUUCUUUUUCUGGAGCAGCCCUGUUUUAUCUUGGUCUCACCAUGGUGGGAAAAAUAAGGAGACUGAAGAAGUCAGCAUUUGUUGUACUCAUUCUUCUCAUCACAGCAAAACUCCUGGUCCUGCCACUUAUUUGUAGAGAAAUGGUGGAACUCUUGGACAAGGGCGACAGUGUAGUGAACCAUACAAGUUUAUCAAAUUACGCGUUUUUGUAUGGCGUCUUUCCCGUAGCACCAGGAGUGGCUAUCUUUGCAACGCAAUUCAACAUGGAAGUUGAGAUUGUAACCUCAGGGAUGGUGAUAAGCACAUUUGUGUCUGCUCCUAUCAUGUAUGUUUCUGCCUGGUUACUGACCUUUCCCUCUAUGGACCCCAAGCCAUUGGCAUAUGCCAUUCAGAACGUUAGCUUUGAUAUAAGUAUUAUCAGCCUAGUUUCCCUGAUCUGGUCUCUAGGUAUUCUUCUUUUAAGUAAGAAAUAUAAGCAGCUUCCUCAUAUGCUUACAACAAACUUACUCAUUGCUCAGUCUGUUGUCUGUGCUGGAAUGAUGCUAUGGAAUUUUGUUAAAGAAAAAAAUUUUGUUGGACAAAUUUUGGUGUUUGUUCUGUUAUACAGCUCCCUCUAUAGCACCUACCUGUGGACAGGUCUUCUAGCAGUUUCUUUGUUUCUUUUGAAAAAGCGAGAGAGUGUACAAAUCCCAGUUGGAAUCAUCAUAAUAUCUGGCUGGGGAAUUCCUGCUCUCCUUAUUGGUGUUCUUUUGAUAACGGGAAAGCACAAUGGAGAUAGCAUUGACUCAGCUUUCUUUUAUGGAAAAGAGCAGAUGAUCAUCACGGCAGUCACCCUGUUCUGCAGCAUCGCGAUCGCUGGCAUAUCACUCAUGUGCAUGAACCGCACUACUCAAGCUGGGCGCUAUGAAGGCUUUGACCAGUCUCAGAGCCACAAAGCCACAGACCCUGACAAUGCUACUUUUGAGGAAAGUCCAGCACCAACAAGUGAACCAGAACUUUUUACAAGUUCCAUCCCAGAAACAAAGACAGAGAGAGAAACACAGAGAGAUCUCCAAUCUGCUGGUUCACUCCCCACAUGUCUGCAUCAAAGCCACGAGCUGGGAAUCCAACCCGGGUCUCCCACGUGCGUGGCAGGAACCCAAGCACUUGAGCCAUCACCUGCUGCCUCCCAGGGCUGCUGUUCCUGCUCCAUUGGAAAUGGUGAACUGCACUGCCCAUCAGCAGAGCCAGGAGCAAAUACAAGCACCAGUAGACCUGCGACUCCUUCGUUUGAGAAAAACGAGCACUGUGAGGGUCGCUGUAACUCCCAGAGCUGCAUCUUAGCCCAGGAGGAGGAGCAGUACCUGCAGAGCACCGACCAGCAACUGACUCGACACGUGCUGCUGUGUUUGCUCCUCAUCAUCGGCCUGUUUGCUAAUCUUUCCAGUUGUUUAUGGUGGCUGUUCAACCAAGAGCCUGGAAGACUGUAUGUUGAGUUACAGUUUUUCUGCGCUGUGUUUAACUUUGGCCAGGGAUUUAUUUCCUUUGGAAUCUUUGGAUUAGACAAACAUUUAAUCAUCCUGCCAUUUAAAAGAAGACUUGAAUUCCUAUGGAACAAUAAAGAAACAGCAGAAAACAGGGAUCCUCCUGUAUCUGAGGAAAUAAAAAUGACCUGUCAACAGUUUAUGCAUUAUCACCGUGACCUAUGUAUCCGAAACAUUGUCAAGGAAAGAAGGUGUGGUACAAAGACUUCUGCUGGGACCUUCUGUGGCUGUGAUCUGGUGAACUGGCUAAUUGAAGUUGGCCUUGCCUCUGACCGUGGUGAAGCUGUGAUAUAUGGAGACAGACUGGUGCAAGGGGGAGUCAUCCAGCAUAUUACGAAUGAUUAUGAAUUUCGGGAUGAGUACUUGUUUUACAGAUUUCUUCAAAAGAGUCCUGAGCGGAGUCCUCCUGUUAUCAAUGCAAACCCCGUAUAUCAGGAAAGAUAUAAAGAAAUUGAGCAUUCAUCCCCUUCCUCACUUUCCCCCAACACCUAAAUUGUGAAGGAGAGAAUCCCACAUGGAAUCCUGUUCUAACCCCUAAUCUGUUACUUUUCACUGUGUUACUAUGGGCAAGUGACAAACAGAUCUUCAGCUGCCUCUUCAGGAAAGUUUGACAACUUUUUUGGUUGUUAUUCCCAUUUCAUGCUAACAUUCUGUUUUUUAUGUGUAUGUAAAACUCAUAGGAAACUGACUUGGAAAAAAGAGAAAAACAAAUCAAAAUUUCAAAGUUCUGAUAUGAAUAAUAGUUACCAUAGUAUUAAUAUGUGAACAUUUAAAAAUCAUUGUCUUCUGCAAAUAUUUACUACAAUUUCAAAAUUAGUAUCAGAUUCACUAGCUGUUACUUUAAGUUGCCAUGUAUAUUGUUAUCAGGAAAUGAACCUUAAAUUAUGAAAACUUUGCAUUUACUUAUAGCACUUCCUAAAAAAAGAAUUUUAAUAAGAAGGUCUUCCUAUUUUUAUUUUUUCCAUUUUCUUGAUGGUUAUGACUCAUUUACAAUCUAGAAGCACUGAUUUUAGGGUUCAACUUUUCCUUGCUUCUCUAUCCAAAGUACUACCUGUGCACCUAGGAAGGGAAUAAGAACUUCUAUAUGUUAGGCCCACGGUCCUUCAGAAAUAUCAUUUGAUAUUUUGUUUUGUACAAUUGAUUACUGGAGCAUAUUCAUUUAACUACUAUCAACAAAAUCAUUGCUGUGUGAUGUUAUUGUUUCUGGUAUUUUCACAAAGUAUCAGUGCAGGAGGAUAACCUCUAUUUAUCCUUUAUGGUUAAAAAAAACAGUUCAAGCUAAGAUUUAAGAACUUAGCAUCCUACUGUUACUUUUAGAAUUUAUUCUUUUUUAAGCAUCCAUGAAUUACUGGAUGCCCUCUUUCUUAGCCCAUUCAGGCUGCUCUAACGGGACACUAUGAAUUAGCUUGUUUCUCAGAGUUCUGGAAACGGACAUUCCAGAAGUCACCAGCAGACACAGUGUGUGAUGAGGGCCUACCUGCUAGUCCACAGACCAUGCUACUUGCUCUGUCUCAUGUAGGGGAAAGGAAGAACUCAGCCUCCUUGAAGGCCAUUAAUCCCACUAAUGAAGGCUCUGUCCUCAUGAACUGACUGACUCCCAAAAGCCCCUACUCACGCCAACACAUUGGGAU